AUAAGCAGUCCAGCCAGCUGGCUCCAGGCACACCUGAAAAAGUUGUUGAACAAUACUGGCACCUUCACCACCACCACUACCGCCAGUAUCGUUGUAUAGUACUAGUGCAAGGAAUGCUGUAUACCUGUUUGCUCUAGGUAGUCGUCGUAUAGUUAAGGUAUUCUCAGGCCAAUGCCACAAGGUACUCCCAAAAAGCUUGAAGGGAGCCUUCCCAAGGUUUAGUCCAACCAUGGCCAGGCACCAAACCCGACAUCCGUUUCCCACCCAAUCUUCUCCCUAGAGGACGACGAUUCUUACCGCCCCGAUCCAAUCGUGAAUAACUUGCGUCUUCAAGAAAAUUAGGGAAAGGGCCAUUCUCGAGUUUUGCACAGGUGUUUCGAGCUUCUAUUUCAAGGAUGGCUCAUCCAUCAGCUGAUGUCAAAUCCAAAUCGCCCUUGAUUUCAACGGAACGUCGAUCCGGAAUCGGCUGACUGAAAAGCUUGCAGUGGGACUUCGGAUUUCAAGAAGACAAAAGGCCGAGCCAUGAUUUCCUGGCCCCUGCUCAAGGAGUGUUUUGAAAUUCAGUGAAGUGCUGCUCGUGUUUUAAUUGAAGGAAAUUGAGACGCCACAAACAAGCCAGAACGAGGUUCGUUUGGGCAUGAUUCCUCAUAAUCUAGUAUCACAACAAGGCCGUGAAAUGCAACAGUGAAUGACAAAGCAUUCCGGAAGUUGAUUUUCCAGAUUGGAGUUCAUUCAGCAUUCUCAACAAGUCAGGGCGGGUCGACAAUUUGCAUAAUGAAACAUUCAUUCCUGACAUCCAUCAUCGACGCCGACCCAACCCGAGCACUCUCCCAAGGGAGCUUUUUGUGAACAAGAUAAUGGUGAUUCCCAAUCUCUGCCAUUCACAUGGUUGCUUGGUUACAUUGCUUGAGACAGGCAGAGAUGGAUGUGAAAACCAACAACAGAAUCCAGCGUCACAACAAUCCCAACAACUCCAACGAAAACGGUUUUAACCCCUAAUCUGUUGUAUCCCUAUGUGUGUGUGUGUACCAUGAGUGGUCCCCGUCAUCCUCAUCAUCCUCAUCCUGCUUCACUCGACUAUCAUCAUUAUCAUAGAAGCAAUCACGUACUGGAACCCCCCAUCCAGGUUGUGAGGCAACGAGGAGUGCAAUCGUGAAACAAACCCCUCUCUCCAUACAUACACACCCCUCGGAACCGUUGUCGACUCCAUUUCCGCCAGAGAGCUUGUCGAUUGUUCAGAAUUGCCUACUUAAUUCGGCCAGAACCUCGCCGUGCAGUUCAUGCCACAGCUAUUCCAAAAGGGACUAUCACACACCACGCUCUUUCUUUCUCUCUCGGUCUCCGUUUCUCUGGGCUCUUCUCUGCUCUGAGAGCAGUGCGAGCAGCUUGACAGAAGCACCUGCGUUUUUUCCGCGACUCCUUCCUGGCUUUGGCAUGAGACUGCGCAGGUGAACCGUGCUCCGUGAAGCGUUGCGCCGUCUGAGUCGGGGAGCUCCUAUGGUUCGGAGUAGUUGCCCAAGGAGGCAUUAGUCUCCAAAGCUCGAUUGUUUGGUUGAUAUACCUGUCUUUUGUGAUACCAGCUCCCAAGGGAUGGACGAAGAAAGCCUUCUCCGUGGCAAGUGUCAGUGGCCUUUUUUAUAUUCAAGCGUUGACGAACGAACAACGACGGUGAUUGGUUGAGUUGGUUUUGCGGAGCAAGUGAGUCAUUGUUCCAAGGUGCUUGGAAAACGGUGAGAGUGCGAGCGCCCCAGUGGAACUGGUUAGUACGAGCCAGAUCUGGAUAGAUUCGAGACGAAGCAUUCCUUUCCUUCAAAUUGGGUCCACAUACCUUUGUUGGAGGAUCCCUCAAUACCUGUUCUCACCUUUACCUGAAAACUAGCCCUAAAUCCCAGGUAGACAAUAGCCCUUAAUGUUUUGACACUCUUGAGCGGGCUUUUCUCAUGCCUUUGGCAUUACUCAUGGACUCAUAGCCGAUUCGGAAUCCACCAAAAGUACCUUAUCCCAUCCCUAGUCUCGUCAAGUUCCUAUACCAACCUCAAAUUUUGACCCCAGGAUCAUGCCCGAACGAACCGGGAUCGUGACGCGGUCGGGGCACAUAUGCAUGAUCUGUGGGCAUAUCCCAACCACCAAAAACAAGUACCGUGAACUCCAGGACCACCUGGUCCGAAAGCAUUUCAAUGAACGGAUCAAAGCGGCCUUGCCCACCAAGCGGCCUUACCUUUGUCCGGAGCCUCACUGCAAGAUCGAAGGCAAGGAUUGGCAGGCAUUGAUGCGGCACUACACGGGAAAACAUGGGGUGUUGGAGACCUACCUCCGACAGAUCAUCGACAGUGGCAUGGCAUUGCCUCCCAAUCCCAAACAUUCACGGGCCAAGGCUAAGCAAGACCAAGGGCAAGCUCACAUCGCUCCCACUCAAGAGCAGAUCGAUGAAAUACUCACCACCAAAUUGGACCCGAAUGUGCCCGUUCAUGUGGCUGAGAAAGUGGGCAAGCCUGGUCGCCGAAAGCGGCCCUCUCACAAUUCCACGGGCUCCUCGUGCGGUCAAGAGAGCAAUCAAGAAGAGGAAGAGGAGAAUGACGAGGAGGCCCCCCAAUACGCCCUGGUCAUAAAGCGCACCAAGACCGGCGAAGACUCGUAUCACCUUUUGGACCUGAAGAGCCUUUUGGCCUACUCUCGGCCAGUGCCCAACUUGACCACCACUAGCAUGGCUCAAUUGCCGACCCAACCCACCUCGAUGAUCUCACCCAACUCCGUCGCCAUGCCCCCAAUUAUUCCAAGUGAACCAAUCCCAUUGCCAGAGCUGGUUCAAGCUCAGCAGAUGCCAUUGAACCACGCGCAUUUGGGAUCAAUGUCUAUGGACCCGUCCAGACCACCGAACGUGGUGUUCUCCCAAGCUCACCAGCAACUCGUUGUCUCCCACCAUGAAUCCAAAGCAGACGACCCGCUCCAUCUGGAGCCCGUGGCGGUUGAGGACCUCUCGCCCACAGUUUACCAACACGUCUUCAUUCAAAGCCAAGACCCGUCAGAUGUGAACAAAUUCCAAUUCCAAACGCAGCCAACUUUGGAUUCCGCUUCAAAUGCUAGUCAGUCCAACCAUCACCAAAACCACCAACACCCGCAACAACAGCACCACCACCAUCAACCACAGCACCAACACCAUCAACCACAGCACCAACACCACCAACAAGAGCAACAACAGCAACAACAGCAGCAGCAGCAGCAGCAUCAAAUAGUCCAAGAACCCAUCUACGUUCAACAAGAAGACAGCCUUCUUUGGAUUCCGCUUCAAAUGCUAGUCAGUCCAACCAUCACCAAAACCACCAACACCCGCAACAACAGCACCACCACCAUCAACCACAGCACCAACACCAUCAACCACAGCACCAACACCACCAACAAGAAAGACAGCCUUCAACAAGCCAUGAAACAAAUCUACAUUCCUCAUCAGACGGAUCAGACAGAGGACGACCAGGGUAGCUACAUCGUUCAUCAGGAUUCAUCUGGUCAGAUCUUGGGCAGUGACGGGCUCGUCUACUUGUCGGCAGAUGGGAUCCCUCUUCAAAUACUUAACCAGUCUCUGCAAGGCAACGAGCAAUACCAAAUCGUGCAGACCGUCCAAGAGCUCGAGGAAGAGACCGGCCAGCUUAGUCAUUUGCAUCCCAAUGAAGUCCCGGCCUCCAUGGCUCAAGUUCCGGCCUCGAGUCUCGAAGAGCGUGUGAUUGUAGAAGAGGUCCAAGCAAUUCCAGUGGAAGAGACCUCCUCAGCCGAGGAUAGAUCGGCCUCAAAUCGAGUCACUGAGGCUUUGGGGAUUGUAGCAAGUUCGGCCUCUUCGUUGGUGUCCGUAACUGCCUCGAAUCUCCAACCCAAAAUGGCUGAGAAAGAGGCUGUGACGGUGAAUCACAAUAAUAAUGUGAGUCACAAUAAUAAUAAUAACAAUCAUAUUAAUAACAAUAACGAUGUGGAGGGCAAACUCGACCCGGAAGAAGGCCCCACCAAAGAAUUGAAGGCCGGUCCCGACGGCGUGAAGGAGCUGGAAUUUUCCAUGUUUUGA